AUGACACGCAGAGAUGUUGUCCUUUAUAAUUGCAUUAUAGAUGGGUACGCUAAAAAAGCUUCAUUGGAUGUCUGCUUGGUUCUGUUGCAGAAGAUGAGGGAAGAUGGAGUUAAAUCAAAUGCAGCCACGCUUCUAGGACUACUAUCAUCCUGUGCUUCCUCUGGUGCUUUAGGUUUUGGGCGGCAUAUCCACGACUACGCAAAGGAGGAGAAGUUGGAAAUCCAAGCUUCUCUGGGGACCGCUCUGUUGGAUAUGUAUGCGAAGAAUGGAUGUCUGGAGGAAGCAAUUUCAGUUUUCAACCAAAUGAAGGAUAGAGAUGUGAAGGCAUGGACAGCCAUGAUGAUGGGAUUUGCAGUUCAUGGCAGGUCAGAGGAGGCUCUGCGGCUGUUUGAUGAAAUGGAGGAGAGUGGGAUGAGGCCUAAUGAGGUGACCUUACUUGCUGUUCUCUCUGCUUGCAGCCAUGGGGGAUUUGUGGGCUUAGGAAAAGAUUACUUCAAGAAAAUUGUUUUUGAAUACAGGGUAAGCCCUGGGAUUAAGCAUUAUGGAUGCGUUAUUGACUUGUUGGGCAGGGCUGGAUUGCUGCGAGAAGCUUAUGAGCUGGUGAAAAGCCUGCCUAAUGGAGGAGAUGCCAUGGCUUGGCGAGCUUUGCUUGCUGCAUCCAGGGUUCAUGGAGAGAUAGGAUUGGGAAGCUGGCCAGAGAAGUUUUGGCAGCCAUGG